CGUCGAAGCGGGAGAGUUGGUAAAACUUUUACCGGGUUUCUCCUUGUAAUAAGUUAAUUCAUAAACAUUCGCUAUGAAAAAGUGAAGAAAUCGUUGGAAGGGUCAAACAGAAGGUAUUUUAGUCAUGGAUUUAGGUAAUAAAUUCCCAGUUGGCCGUCCAGUCGACGUGUACGUCACCCAUGUUCAAGAUGAAUCAGGAGCCUUCUUCGUGCAAAUCAACAACGAAGAGGCGGGAAAGUUGGAUGAACUGAUGGAAGAAAUUGAUUUGUUUAUYUCCAGUGGUCAAUCGCAGGCUCUACAAGGUAGUGACAUUGAGAUUGGAGUCGUUUACUUGGCRCAAUAUUCUGUCGAUGCGAAAUGGUAUCGUGCACGUGUUAAAGCUGUCAAACCUACCGGCCUCUGUGAUGUGCAUUUUAUCGAUUACGGUAAUACUGAGCAGAUCCCUGUCAAAUUUGUGCGUCGUGCUCAGCCAGCUUUCCUCCAGUUGCAUCAACAGGCGUUUCAAUGUGAGCUUGAUGGCAUAUCCAAAUUCCAAGGCCCAAGCUUCAUGAGUGCCAUUUCUACCCUGAAAGAGCUGAUUCUAGAGCAAGAGCUUGUGUGCGUGACGACGUCAGUCAAUAGGGGUAUCUUGUUGGUCAAAGUCUUUACAGAUGCAAGCUGCAAUAACUCUAUUYUUGAUAGUUUACUGUCACAGGUGCAAAGAACACCCCUUCCAGCUCCCAUCAGCAAUAWUCCUGCUCCAUCAUCAAGCAGAAAAUACUCCAUUGUGUCUCUAACCAAGGGUGAAUAUCUUGACUUCCAYGUUUCUCAUGUUCAAGAUCCUUACAGCUUUUCAUGUCAACUACUGGAAGAGAUUCCAAAGAUACUGGAACUUCUUGAUGAAUUAGCAGAAGAAUACAGUGAUGGAGAUGUUCCCUUGUUGUCAAGUUCUCCAGGGUACCCUUGCUGUGCAAAGUUUUAUGAAGAUGAUUGCUGGUAUAGAGCUGUAAUUACCAAUUCAAGUGGCGUUGCUUCUGGAACAAUUGAUGUUAAAUUUGUGGAUUAUGGAAACUCUCAGACGACGUCAAUUAARGAUGUGAAAGGUCUCAAAGAGAAAUACCUUGAUAUUCCCAUGCAGGCAAUUGAAUGCUCACUUUAUGGUGUGCAGCCAGAGGGUAAGAACCCAGAUUGGUCUUCACAGGCUAAAGAGUUAUUCUCAAAGCUGACUAGUGAGAAGCAUAUCAUUGCUGAAAUAUGUGAYCAGRAUUCYAGUGGAAAGUAUCAAGUAAGACUGACUGAUAUGACAGGCGACAUGGAUAUGCAGCUGGAUCAGAUUCUGAUUGCAGCCAAGUAUGCUGAGAAGGUUUCCACAAAUACUUCAUUGAAAACUCAAGUCAGUCAGCAUAGUAAUGUACAAGUGUCCAARCCCAGUYCUGAGCCMCCAAAACCUAUUUUCCCCUUCACUAAAGAGGCGAUUUCUCCAGGUAAAGAAGAAAAAGUUCUUGUCUCGUCAAUACARAGCCCAUCUGAGUUUUACUGYAUGUUGUACAGAACAUCCUCUAAGCUUGAAAAGCUAAUGGCUGAUAUUGCAAGGCAUUACUCAGGACUUAGUCGAGAUGAUGAAUGGCUUUCUUCGCCAUCAGUUGGUGACCCUUGCUGUGCCAGGUUUUCUGAUGAUCAAUCAUGGUACCGAGCUAUUGUUAAAGAUGUUCAAAGUUCUGGUAAAGUAAAAGUACAGUUUAUAGACUAUGGAAACUAUGAUACAGUAAUACCUAAAGAUGUCAAGAGAUUAGCACCUCAAUUCUCUGAGCUUCCUUAUCAAGCUAUAGGCUGCACAAUGCAUCGUAUAUGCCCAAAUGGUCAAGACUGGAGACAUAUGGACACAAAAAAAUUUGAAGAGUUAGCUUUGGAAUACACUGGAAAGUUAACGRUCAUUUCUGAGAAUUCAGAUGGAAUGAAAAAUGUGGAGCUGCUGAUCAGUUUGAAGGGCAAAGAAGUUAAUGUUGCAGAAGCUAUGCUUCUCAGUGGUAAUGCAAGGCUGGUAGAAGGAGCAUGUUCACWGUCAGAAAACCUGGCAAGUAUUUCUUCAAAGAWGUUCCCUAAGCUUAAUCUACCACUAGGGACAUAUGAAGAUAUUUUUGUUACACAUGUGGAUGAUCCAGCUAAUUUCUGGUGCCAGUUGGUCAAACACAAAGAUGAACUUGAUGCAGUAAUGAAUGCUGUGGAAGAGCAUUGCACUUUAUUGAACACUCCAUUACGAGCACCUAGUUUAGGGCUUGCUUGCUGUGCUCAGUUUAGUGAUGAUGCAUGGUAUCGUGCAAAUAUCAGYGGAGUCAUGAAGAACCAUCAAGUUGAAGUCCAUUUCAUUGACUAUGGAAACUAUGAUACCAUACCUUUAUCAAAACURAGAACCGUCAAACCAGAAUUGAUGAAUUURCCAGCACAAGCCUUCAAAUGUCGUCUAGAGCAGAUGGACACUAAGAACUCUGCUCCAUUCUCCCAUGAUGUGAUUGACAAGUUUAUUGAUCUAACAGUUGAUAAAGAAUUGGUUGGUAUGAUAGCUUCAUAUGAUGAAUCAGCUCAGCAGUACUUAAUUUCCUGUACUGACACAAGUGGUGGCAAUACUCUUGAUGUUUAUGAGCAGAUUGCAUCUUCAUUGCCUCAAAGCAGCGUAAAAGAGUGCAUAAUUCCCAAGCAAGACCUCAAACCAGGUCAGCGAGAACAUGUUUGUAUCACAACUGUAACUGGACUAUCAAAGUUUUAUUGCCAGCUAAUGCGAAGUGCUUCUCAGUUUGAUGCCAUGAUGAACAACCUGGAUGAACACUACAACAAGCUGACAACAAYGCAGGAAGACAUGUCCGGACUACAACCUGGGAAUUACUGUGCUGCCAAGUACUCUGAAGAUAACAGCUGGUACAGGGCCAAAAUCAUUGAUUCUAAGAUCAAUGUGCUUUAUGUAGACUUUGGAAAUGGUGAGCAGUUGUCAGCAAAGUCAAUCAAGAGGUUAGUUCCAAUGUUUGCUCAGCUUCCUGAGCAAGUUUUGCUGUGUACUUUGGCAGGAGAUACAAGUGGUUUUUCGGACUCUCAGUUCAUUGACUUGACAUUGGAUAAAGAGUUUGACAUGGAGAUCAUGUCAUUUGAUAACAAUGGUACAGCCAAAGUCAAUCUUUACACAAAAGCUGAAAAGAAACCUAUUAUUCAACUUCUGACAAAAGAGAAACCUAAACCAAUGGUCAAUAUCCAACCAAACUCUCUUGCUGCUGGUGCCAAAGAAACUGCCUAUGCUACAUUUGCAGUAGAUAUAUCAAAGUUUUAUGUUCAGUUGUCCAAGUCAGGAGAUUCUCUUGCAGAACUAAUGAAUGAGAUUCAUGAAUACUACAGCAAACUUGCAGAGACACAAGAUGGUUUAGAUAGUCCCCAAGUUGGUAUGUUUUGUGUAGCAAACUUUAGUGAAGACAAUGGAUGGUACCGUGCUAAAGUGGUAGCUGUUCAUAGUGACAGCAUAGAAGUAUUGUACAUAGAUUAUGGUAACUCUGAGGUGAUUCCUCUKUCAAGAGCCAAGGUAUUAAAGCCAGAGUUCGCCAGCUUGCCUUCUCAGGCACUUCAUUGUAAAUUGUCUGGAGUGGCAUCAAUCAGUGAUGAUGAAAGUGCUGGGAAGUUCUUGAAGCUUGUAGAAGACCCAGAAAUGCCUUUUGARCUUCAAGUUGUUGCUGUUCAACCAAGUGGUGUCCAUGAAGUCAURCUUGUCAACAAAGAAACUGGAACAUCAGUUAAUCAAGAAUUAUCGGGGAAAAGUGUUGUGUCUGACAUAAGUAAAGUAACCUCAGUUAGUCCAGCAAGUCUGAAUCCAAUACCUCUAACUAUUGGAGAAACCUAUGAUGGACAAAGUGGAGUKGCUUCAUCWCCUUCWCAGUUCUGGUUCUCACUUAACAAAUAUGUUGAUGACCUUAAUGCAUUGCUUGAUGAAAUGGCAGAGUACUAUUCAUCACUUGGUCCAGCUGAUGGUGUUCUGUCUUCABCUUCUGUUGGUUCAUAUUGUUGUUGUCAAUACAGUGUAGAUUUGGGAUGGUACAGAGCAAAGAUCAUGUCUCUCACUGGCAGCCAAGCUGAAGUUUGUUUUGUGGAUUUUGGCAAUUCUGAAAAGGUUGCAUUGAAUGAAUUGAAGGUCUUAAAGGAUAACUUUCAGAGUCUACCUAUACAAGCAAUAUCCUGCUCUCUCAAUAAAGUAACCCCAACAGACAGUGUGUGGAGUGAAGACGCUAAGACUGCUUUUAGUGAUCUUAUUGUUGAGAAAGAUGCUGUCAUCAAAGUCAUCAAGAAAUCAUCUGAUAAUUGUUAUGUUGUGGACUUACUAGAUGUGAAUGGACAACACUUUGCUGCUGACAUGUUAAAUAGCAAAGGUUUUGCAGCAAGCUCCRURCAGCAGGGUUCCAUUCAAGAUUUCAAACCAUUUGUGAARAACUUCAACUCUGGAGACUACAUAGAUGUCAACCCAMUAUAUUGCGUAACUCCUCAUGACUUCCAUUGCCAAGUAUUAACUCAAGAUAACAUUGUAGCAUUCAAUCAGAUGACAAACCAACUACAAGACGUCUACUCUUACAUGGGUCCUAGUGAGAACACAAUUGGUACACCUUCUAAGGGCAUGCCCUGCUGUAUACUUUACCCAGCUGACAAUACUUGGAACAGAGGAAGAAUUGCUCAAGUCAACAAUGACAACACUCUAAAGGUUACCUUUGUGGACUAUGGAAAUGAAGAGACUGUACUCUUAAAUCAAGUUAAAGUGCUUCAGCCAGAAUUCCUGGAUCUUCCUGUUCAAUCAAUUCAUUGCAGCUUGCACUCUGUAAAACCAUGUACAAAUAACCAAUGGUCUGAUGUUGCUGUGAAAAGAUUCCUUGAACUUGUUGAUCAGAAACACUUAGUAGGAGAGGUCAUCGAUGCAGGUGACAAGUUAUCCAUUGAACUCUACGACACCAUAGAUGACUCUGUAGAUGUCAGCAUUGCUCAAGUUCUCAUCAGUGAAAACCAUGCUGUCUCAACAUCACAACAAACCAAGAUAUCACACCCUAAGAUUUCUAAACUCUCUCAGUUAGUACCAUCCAAUGGAGACACUGUAUAUAUAACUGCUGUGGAUUCACCUGAAAAUAUCUACUGUCAACUCAGUGGAACAGAAGACAGAAUUGAUAACUUAAUGGCAAACUUGAAAGAAUUUUACGAAUCUGGACAACAAGAAGCUUUACAAUCAAUUUCACCCAAYGAAUUGUGCGUUGCCUUGUUUUCUGAAGAUGGUGUGUGGUACAGGGCUGUAGCUGAAGAGGUUUCACCAGAAGGAAUCACWGUCAGAUUCAUUGAUUAUGGUAACUCKGAAACAUUGAGCUUAGGCAGUAUUAGGGCCAUUGAUAACCAAUUCCUAUCUGAGCAAAUACUUGCAAUAGAYUGUGCUCUUUCUGGURUCUUACCUGUAAAUGAUGACAUAGAAUGGAGUCCUGAAGCUGCAGAUUUCCUGGCUACUGCUGGAGGUGAUGAUGGCUUUACUUUGAACAUCAAAUCAGCCAAAGAUACYCUAGAGGUUGGUCUUAGUGAUAGUGGUGGUGAUCUUUCACAGAGAUUAGUGAAUGAAGGCCUUGCUAAAUCAACUAUUGCCUCUUCUGUGAGCAAUAUUGCACAAGCACCACCACAGCCUAGUAUUGCAGGCAACUACAAGGCUACCCCAGUAACUAUUGGAACRGYRAUGGAAGUYUAUAUCACWGAUGUGACAUCACCAGGACAGUUUUAYUGUCAGCUUGCAGAUUAUGGAGACAGMCUGGAUGAGAUGAUGAAUAGUAUAAGCAACCACUACAGUAACAUGGACCAAUCACAAGCUUGCGUGUCAUCACCUGAAGUUGGACAGCCUUGUAUUGCAAUCUUUGAAGAAGACAGUAUGUGGUACCGUGCAAAGGUUGAGUCAGUGUCACAGCUUCAUACUACCAUACGAUUUGUUGAUUAUGGCAACACUCAAAAUGUCAAAGUCUCAGAUUUAAAGCAAAUUGAAGCACAGUUUUUGAAGCUGCCAGCUCUUGCAGCUCUUUGUACAGUUGAUCCAAAAAAGGCUACUUGGACAGCAGAUGAAACUGAGAAUUUCAAGGCUGUUACUGGUGAAGAGAAAGUGUCUGCUGAAGUCAUUGGAAAGGAAGGUGACAGAUAUGUUGUAAGGAUUUCACAAGGGGGAAGCUGUGUUACUGAUAGUUUCUUAAAAACCUCAGCUCAUCUAGAUAUCCCAUGCCAAGUUAUCCAASCAAACCAGACAGAAAAUGUGUAUGUAGCAUUUGCCAAAAGUUCCUCAGAGAUUUGUGUACAACUUGCAUCUUACAGUGACCAGUUGGACCAAGUUAUGGCAACCAUCGAGCUUGAGAUCAAAAGUCAACCUACAUUAAAGGAAGACCAAGUUGUUCCAGGAAUGCURUGCUGUGCAUAUUUUGAAGAUGGAUGGUAUCGAGCAGUAAUAACAUCGCAACCAAACCAAGGACAAGUUAUGGUAGAGUAUGUUGACUAUGGAAACACAGCUUCACUUGCAGCUUCUGAGCUCAGGGCAGUACCCCAGUCUUGUGUUGCACUUCCAAGGCAAGCUCUUCACUGUAUUUUAGAAGGACAAGGUCUUGAGAAUGUGUCAAAAGAUACUCUAGAGAAUACACUAAUGGAAAGCAGAUUGACAGCAACAUUUCUUAGGACAGAUGGCCAGCACUGGACAGUAAACUUGAAACAAGAUGGUGUCGAUGUUACAGACAUACUACUAAUAAACACUGAGGUUGUUAUCAAAGAUCCUAACUUUACUUACCCUGAGAUAGUAGCUGGGUCUAYUGCUCAGGUGUUUGUCAGCCAUAUUGAGAAUCCUGGAGAAUUUCAUAUUCAAUUCAAGUCAUCGACAGAUAAACUGGAUGUUCUAGGSAGCAAACUCAAUGAAGYUUAYRGUCAGCCUGGUYUAACAUGUAAUGUUGAGGUUGGACGUGUUUGUUGUGCACAGUUCUCCGAGGAUGGGUGUUGGUAUAGAGGAACUGUAACAUCACUUCAGGAUGACUCACAUGUACAAGUCCAUUUURUAGAUUAUGGGAACUCUGAUGUAGUAGAUAAAGGAAAGGUUAUGGUGCUUAAAGAAGAAUUCCUUGAACUCCCCAUUCUUGCUAUCCAGUGUAGUCUUGAUUCACCUGGAACUCAGUGGUCUGAUGGAGAGUUGAGCAAGUUUGAAGCCUURGUACUUGACCAGGAACUUACUGUACAGUUUUUGGCCAGACAAGAUAACCAGUGGCAUGUUAAACURACCUGUCUCGAGACAUCAAUCUUAGAGUURAUGAGAAGAGUAGAAGAAACCAAUGUAGAUGUCAUUCUGGAGACGUUGACCAUACCAAAAAAGGAAGUUUCAGAGGGUCUGGUUGUURAAUGUGUUUUAACUCAUGCAGAACUCACUGGAUUGUUCCACUUACAAUUCCUCUCCGAUCCCUUCCUAGAACAUGUUACUGACAUUAUUUCUGACCACUACCCUUCUUUGUGGGCCAAAGAAAGCUGUCUUAAUGACUGCCAAGUUGGGUCAUUCUGCUGUGUCAAGUUUUCAGAAGAUGAACAGUGGUACAGAGCAGUAGUUACUGGACUUUGCUCCAACUUUGAUGCUAUWGUGAAAUUUAUUGACUAUGGAAACUCAGAGGUUGCAGACAUUCCUUCUUUCAAGACUUUGUUGGAUGAACUGUAURAAAUUCCACAGUGUUCUAUCCCUUGUAAGUUGGCUGGCAGGAAGUCAGAAUUGUCUCCAGAUGAGAUUGAGGCACUUCAAGCUCAAAUGCUUGACAAAACACUAAGUGUUACAUUUGUGAGGCCCAAUGAUCAAGGAUGGGAUGUUGUAAUUGAAGUUGAAGGGAAAUUUUUGAAUGAGUUUGAAGCAGUCACAGAUGAURAUAAAGAUGAAGCAAAGCAGUUGAGUGUAGCCACAUUGUYAAGGGAUACUAGACAAGGUGUCAAGUUCCUUAUGGCAGAUAAUGAAAGUACAGUUUGGMUUCAACCAGUGAUAACAGAGAAUGAACUUAACACCCUAAUGAACAGUAUUGCUGAAAAUCCUCCAGAUCAACCAAUGCCYRUGUCUGAAAUCUCCACUGGAAAGCUUUGCUUGUGUAGAUUCACAGAAGAUAAUGAAUGGUAUAGAGCUAAAGUUAUUGACUGCAAUCAUGAUCAAGUGACUGUAAACUAUGUAGACUUUGGCAACACAGAGACUGUUGGUGCUGUUAGAGUAAGCCCAAUCAGYGAAUSUUACUUACAACUUCCAGCACAGGCUAUCAAGUGYAGUCUUUAUGGUGUUGAGCCACUGAGMGAAGAUAUUUUGAACAAACUGAAUGAGGAAUAUUUUGAAGUUCAGCUUGAAGCAGAAGUUGUCGAGASAAAAGAGAACGUGGACUCUGUCAGAUUGUUUAAAGAAGAUAAAGAGUUGAUUUUAAACCUCGUUGAAAUGAUGAGUGUUUGUAAGGAACCAGUGCCUGCAGCCAGCCAGCUUCCACUUAAUGAACCCAUUGAAGAKGCUACUACUGAAAAUGAGGUGGAAAAACAACAGGAAGGUGACAAUGGAAGUGCUUUGGAAGAAAUUGCUAUUUCAGAUCAACCCAUUGAUUCCAAUGAGAAUUCGUCACUUGCUGUCGACUCGAAAAAAGAAAAUAUGGUCGCCAUAGGAGCUGAGACUUCGACAAGCUUGCAUCCUUUGGAUCAAGAUGAUUCCAAAAGUGAGUUUGAAAAAAAGAAUGAGGUUAUUACAGAACUGAGUAAGGAAGAAUUAGCAUAUUACUCACAAGAAUGUGAUGUAGGUGAAAACACUAGAAUAGAGACAACUCAUGUUUCUCUACCAGUGACAACAGAGAAAGAUCUGGACCACCAUGAGGACAUUUCUUGUGAGAAAAAACAAAAUGGUCUCGUUGAUGAAAAAAAGGUUGAGUCUUCUACUGAAAUAGUAACCUCUGCUGCUGAUUUAGAUUCUAUUGUGAAAGAUGGUAUAGAAGGUGAAAGUAUUAAUGGUGAUUUAUCAAUUCCUACAAAAAUUGAAUCCGAUUUGGAUGCUGCUGUGCAAGAACAAACAGAAUUCAUGGCUUUAUCUAAUGACGACGAGCAGAUGAUAACACAAACAGCACAAGAUAAAGUAAAAGAUGAAAAUGCAGAUGCUUAUGUUGCGGCCUCACAAAGUGAAUGCACUGAACCAAUCUUGUCAAAAGAUGCUGAUGACAAAAUCAUGGAGAUUCCUGAAAACUCAGCACAGGAAAUAGAAUCUGAAGAGAAAGAAAAAGAAGUUCACCAAUUACUUCAAGUUUGUGAAGAGACUGUUCCUGGAACUGAUGCAUUAGAAAAGAAUGAAACAAUGGAGGCAAAUGAGCAGAGCUURCAAGUUCAAAAACAGGAUGCAAGUGAAAAUCUUCAAGUGCAAAUUAAAGAAAACGAGGAUAUGAUGUCAGAAACCAAUGAAGAGAAUAAAAUAUUGAAAGAUGAUGACACAAGUGAAAGAGUUCAAAGUAUCAAUUCAAAUGAAGAUCUUCAAACACAAGCCACAGAAGUGGAAGAUGAUGAAGCCAUGUUAGAAAGUAAUUCUGAGCUGAAAUCAUCAGAGGCUUAUGACACAAGUCAAUCAGCUGAACGACUGGAUUCACAUGAAGAMAACCAAACASAAGCWGCUGAAGAAAAUAAAGAUGGAGCAGAUGCGACAGAAAGCAAGACAGAAAAUAUAACAUCAGAGGGUGAUGACACAAGCCAGCAAGCUCAAAGCCUGGAUUCACAUGAAGACAACCAAACACAAGCUGCUGAAGAAAAUAUAGAUGGAGCAGAUGUGACAGAAAGCAAGACAGAAAAUAUAACAUCAGAGGCUGAUGACACAAGCCAGCAAGUUCAAAGCCUGGAUCCACAGGAAGAAAACCAAACACAAGCUGCUGGACAAAAUGAAGAUGAAGCAAAUGUGUUAGACAGCAAGGCAGAAAAUAAAACAGUAGAGACUUAUGACACAAGCCAGCAUGUUCAAAGCCUGGAUUCACAUGAAGAAAGCCAAACACAAGCCACUGAAGAAAAUGAAGAUAGAGCAGAUGUGGUAGAAAGCAAAACACAGGCUUGUGAUACAAGCCAGCAAGUUCAAAGCGUGGAUUUACAUGAAGAUAGCCAAACACAAGCCUCUGAACAAAAAGAAGAAACAAAGAUAAUAGAUGAGAACAAAAAAACACCAGAUGUUGAUGAAACAGUUAAUCAAGUUCAAGGCAUGGUUUCUCAUGAAGAUCAACAAACACAAGCCAAUGAACAAGAAGAGGAUAGAAGUGAUAUAUCAGAAAAUAACUGCAACAAUGAAACCUUGUCUGUCAACACACCUCAAAGCCUGUAUUCAACUGACGAAAAAGCUACUGAAGAAAAAGAGGAAGUCACCGAUAUGUUAGAAGAAGUCAAAGAUGAAAAAUUUGUGACUUCUGAACAAAUUACACAAGAAGAAGACACARGUGCAAAUAAGCAUCUUCCAGAAACUGAAGAGAAAGAAGGAGAUAAAGUCCAGUCUAAGGAUGAAGACAUUGAAGCAGCUGUAUCUGAAUCUUCUAUUGAACAUGACACACAAAAAGAUGAUGAAGGUAAAGCCAAAGRUACAACAAGUGCUGCUAUUGAAAGUAAAGAAGAUGACAGCCUUCCAAUGGAAUUAGGUUCUUCAGAACAGGAAAGUGAACAAGAGGAGGUAAAAGCCUCAAAUGGACACAUCACUAAUGGAAAAACAAACCCAUGUGACAUUGACAGUGCUACUGAUGAUAGUGAUGCUCAUAAUGAUGGUUGCUUGUCAGAUUCAGCUUUGGAGAAGCUGGACAACUUGCUGGAAGGACCUGAAGCUGAAGAGUUUAGCCAAGGAGCAGAAGGACGUAUGAAAAAUAAAAAGUCAUGUCAGCCUAUGUGAACCUUGCUAGAAGAGAGACAUUAAAAUGCUUAAAAGCAUUUCUGUUACUGUUAUUAUUUAGCAACAGUGCAAAGCAAGCAAGCAAUUGUUUUCUAUAGAGCUAUAUAUUAAGUAAUAGUUAUUGACUGUCUUUUAAUGAAAGGUGGUUGCUAAACCUUUGCACAACUACAUGACUAGCUUAAACAGAAGUAUGAGAAGCAAAGUUCUGUACUAAAACAAGGAUCCUUUACUACUUCUUUACGGCACAGUUGCAAAGUUGCAGAGAAGUGAGUAAUCCAGCCUUUUAUCAAAAGAUUCUGAUAAUAUACACAUCCAACCUUUCCUGGCAUCCCGUUCAAUGGGUUAUUGAACUUAAAAAUUAGUCUCUAAAGUUUUGUUUAUUUCAUAAGACAAUGGGAAAGACGAGGAAAAUAUACUGAGAUUUGCAUCAAAAAGUAUGUACAUGUGCUAACAGUUUUGAUGGUCAUACCAGGCAUUGGGUGAGAAUGUUAAUUGAAUGCAUUUUGUUGUGCAAAAUUCCCAUUAUUUCUCUGUGAUAAUUCCAUAUGCAAUCCACAUAUUUAAUCUGGUUGACAACUUUGUGCAUCAUUGAACACUAGUUUUAAUUCAACUAACGUCUUGACAAGUUGGUAUUUGAUUCAGACUAGUACUCUUGAAGGUUUUAUAAAAAUCUGUUGUUUAGCACAUAUAUUUUUUACUAAACCCUCAAAACUCUUCAGAAAAAAGUGUAGAAGUUUUUUUUUUUGGCAUGUUUGUUCCCUGUGGAGUGUGAACAUAUAUUUAAUGGUACAUCCAGAAAAAUCCUAUUGCUUUAUGUAUAAGGAAGAAAAAUUGUUUAAUCCAUAAUGAUUAUAAUUUACUAAUAAUUGUCUUAUGGUAUGAUUUAAGUGUGCCCUUUCAUUAACAUAUAGAGUUAUAUCAGGAUMUAGAAUGGACCCAUUUUCAGAAGCUGCAGUCAUUUUUGAGCCUAUUUUCUAAUCAUAUCAAUUGCUUGCUAUUCUGAAUAGUCUUUUCGAUAUAUUCUAUUAUAUAAAUGUUUUCUUGAUUGCCAUGAUUGUGAUUAAUGAAAAAGUGAUUGUUAAGUUGGUGUAAAUAUGUAAGUUAGAGUGGUUAUCAUAAGAUCAUGAAACAAGGUGUAUUUAUUUACUUGUAAAGAUUUUUUGUAAAAAUAUGAACAAUUUUAUAUAGUCUUGUAUUUCUGGUGAGUGCUUCAAAUUUUGAAAGAUUUGAUAAUUCAAAUACAGUAGGUUUUCAAGGCAUGCUUACCCCAAAUCUUUUUGAGCUUGCAAUUACUACAAAAAGUAACAUGUAUUUAUGACAAACCACUCUAAUUUCAUAAUUCCUUGUUCAUGUUUUGACACAACAUUUUACAGAACAAUGCUUAUAAGUAUAAAGUUUAUAAUAAUAUAUAGUUUUUCAAAGUUAAAUAGUAAUAUUAAAAACAUCCUGCACAGCUAGAGUGCAAACACUAAAASCAUGAAAGAACGAAUCAAAUAGUUCAACACAGUGUAGAUUAUACAAAGGAAAACAUAGGAAUKAGGAUAAUUGGUACAAUUCAGCACUAUUUGGUAAACUUGUUCAUGGUCUUAGUGUUUGCACUUGAUUUCUUUGACAGUGAAAGUUUCUAAURGAGAUAUUUUUGUAUACCAAUACGUUUAUACAAAAAUGUAUUUCUAAAACAAAAAACAGUAUUGCUAUAAUAACCAUUAAACAUCCUAUUUACUUGA